AUGGUUGCAGAAAUCUGCAGUGCCAACGAAACUAUCAUCCAAGGUAGAACAUUAUUUGCACUGAUGGACUCACGUGGUCAACAUAAACCAGUCGCAGGAAGUGUAUGUACAUGUAUAGCAGAAACCGUCAAGUGGCCAACAGCUAACACAAUCACCGUGUUUAUGGUUGACGUUCGUUUGAAUAGCCUGGCUUCUACGGAAUGUUCUAACGUGUCUCUUUCAGUCAGAUCUGGAAGCAACGAUAAGCCGAUACAUUGCCAAGCCACGACUGACCCACGUACAAACCUGCCCUUUGUGACCGUUCUCAACAACAGUAACGUGGCCAACUUGACCCUGGAGAUCCAUCGUCUGUUGCCCGAGUUCGUCUGGUUGGGAUUUGAAGCAAACGUGAACGAGGAUAUACAGCUGACUUGCAAACUUCAAGGUCUGUUGCCAUCGCCAACAGAUGGCAGCACUCUGCAGGACCUGGACGCCAUCUUUGACAGCAACGCUCCUGACUCACGCUUGCCAGCUCUCGUUGGAGGUAUCUUAGCGGGUGUUAUACUAGUCACAGCUGUGGUGGUUAUCGUCAUCGUGUGGAUUGUACGAAAAAGAAAGCGCUCUACGCCAAAUACUAACACCGAGGAGUCGCUGCCUGAAUACGACAUCACAUACUACACUACAACAGAUGAAGCUGUGAGAAAUUUCCAGAAUGCUCCAGAAAGACAAGGUUUAAAAGAUGAACACGACUCAUUUCCGGAGUUGUACGUUUCUGCCGAGGAGGUAAUUGCAAAUAAACGUAAAUCUAAUCCUGUUCAGAAGACAGUUGUACCCGCCAUUGGUUACUCAGUUACAGCAGAAGAUGAUUACGUCACUAAUUUUGAGGAAGGAAAAUUGUCAGGGAGUCAUGUUAUUGGAGCCAACGUCAAAAGCACCAACCAUCAUAACCAAAGUAUCAAUGACAGCUACUACGACAGACUAAAUCGUCCAAUAAAAAAUUCCAUUGACACUAACUUCGACAGCUAUGACCAGCUUGUACCAGAAAGACGGGGUCCAAAAAUUCGUUCUGCUACUUCCAGUAUGAGCAAUCAAGUCUCCAAGAAGAAGCGUGGCCCCGAGAACAGCCGCAUUGACUCAAAUUACUGGGUCGUAAAUGAUGGGUACGAUGAUACUAGUGAUCCUGCACUUCCAGAAAGGUACAGAAGCGACGUGCAAGGUAAACUGCAAGAUUACUUCGUGCUGCAGAAACAUCCCAGUACACGUCACACAAAUGAUACUUAUUUGAGCAAGGAUGACCUGCCAACUCAAAGGCAUGAAGCGACUUUGCAUAGUCCACUGAAUGAUGACAGUGACGAUAUUUAUAACGAUGCCGAAAGCGAAGCUGGUAUAGUUUUUCAGGCCAGCUCUAGAAUGAACGCAGCUAACAAAACCGGGGUUGAAGAGGACGUCGCCGCUGGAAAGAAUGGAAUCAGUCGAGCUGAUGAGAGGCAGUCGCCCGUAGCAGCACCCAGAAGAAAAAGUCGAGUGAACAUUGUAGCGAAUUAG